GCAUCUAGUCAAUGUUUAGCCCUACAGACAGAUGACUGCUGGGUUCGCAGGACAAAGAUAAGUGUGUGAGUAGGGGUAAAUAGUUCCAGCAUGGCUCCACAGACACUCACCCACUUGUUCCUGAAGAAUAGCACCCACUGUCUCUGCAGGAUGUUGCUCACACAGACACAGUGGUGAUUUAAAUUCAUACUUUGGGGUGUAGGAGAGCAAGACAGGGACAGUUUAUGGUAUUUAAUCAGUAGGCCACAGUGGAUAUAAAUAGUGUAUGGGGUAUUCAGUGAAAAUAGACGGCAAACUUAGGGGACUUUAGUAGUUCAAUGUUGGUAUCUUUUCAUUAAUGUGACGGCUAGAGCUGAAAUUACAGGGUUUACUGACCUCAGGGUACUGAGUCUUUAUCAUUAGUGUGUUUAUUUAUGUUUGUGUACUUACUUUUGAGCAGCAGGGGGCAGAAGAGGCAAGCAAAACGUCACACCUGACGUCGACCGAGCCGUACCAGUCACGUGACCACCGCGGAAGUCAACAAAUCAGCAGACAGCGACAUGAACAACCGAAAUCACUUUUGCUAACUUCUUCUGUCCCGCGUCAUGUUUAACGUCACCCUCAUGCGGUUUAGUCGCGACUGCCUAAAUGUAAGAGUGAGCUGUUACAAACAUCACAUGCGCUGAACUGUCGUGUUUAUGUUAGUUUUAGAGGGAAAACAAAGGAACCGUUUCAAAAUGCGGAAUGACUCUCUGCUCUCCAGCAUUAAUGUGGUGCUGGUCAUGGCCUACGGAAGCCUGAUUUUUGUUUUGCUGUUUAUCUUUGUCAAAAGACAAAUCAUGCGGUUCGCCAUGAAGUCUCGGAGAGGACCACACGUCCCCCUCGGCCACAAUGCACCUAAAGAACUCAGACAACAAAUUGAAGCCAAACUCUGCCAGGUCCAGAAAAUCCACUUUGAGCCUCGUCUGCUGUCCCCAGAUGAUGACCGGCUAAAGCAGAGAGAGACUGGUUCCUAUGACUUCCUGUACAGGAUGAAAGCCCUGGAUGCUAUCAGAGACACUGAUCUUCCUUUCCAUGAGCUGGGUGGGACGUCCACUGCUGUGACGGGGAAAAGAUUUCGCACCUGGCUUCUGGAGCUACGGAAUUCUCACUGCAUGUACCGAGAUAGCCAAAUCUCGCUCAUUGACAAAGUGCUGGAUGGGUACAGUAAAGCCCGCCAUGGAGCUGAGGCUUUCGGUGAAGCUGAGUUUUUAAACUACCAGGAAGCUCUAAAUGAACUGGCCACUAUUGUGAAGUCUCAAAGUAGUAGAAGCAGCAGCAGCAGCACUCUGAUCCAGAACCACCAGUCUGCAGCCAAAGACCUGACCAGCACCACAGAGCCAGCGAGUUCCGCCUCCUCCCCUACCCAAACCACCUACCUCAUAUCUUCAAUGCAGCAGCGUAGCAAGAGACCCAGGCACUUCCUCGAGCUGAAAAACUUUAAAGACAACUACAACACUCUGGACAGUACGCUCUAAAAAUGUUUGAUGCCUGACCAACGGAAAGAUGAGGUGAUUUAAGCGCCUGUGGGCAGUAAUGGUGUUACAGCCACUAGACGGCUUUAGAACGCCUGUACAAAAAACACAGCCUUUAUACACUAACACACUUAAUUGCCUGGUUUAGUGCUUAUCAGACUACUGGCACUGCUCUUUACCUAAGUGUAGCUUAAGCGUAUAUCCUGUUUUACAGCAUGUGUUGCUAUGCUUGGCAAGAAAAGUGACUGUAGUUAUGUAUAGUCCCAAGUGUGGUUGAAUUGACCAAAACAUAAACAGAGCUAUGCGGCUAUGCAAAUGCACCAGACAAUCAGUAUUUAUUGCACAAUAUAAAGACCUAUGCAGGUUUGUUGUGGUAACGUGACUGUAUAUUAUCAUGUUAUCAUGUUACUCUUACUACUGAUACGACUGUUAACGGUUCAUGCUCCACACUGGGGGAAAAAAACACAGUUUAUGUCAAUGUAUGUCUCCACUACUGUGAAUUUGCCUUAUUUUAAGCCUUAAAUGUUUGUUUUACGGAAGCCAUACUUGAUUGAUUGUGAAGAUGAAGUGCUCUUUUAAAUGAAUAAUUUCUCUCUGUGCAAUGUAAUUUAACAGUAUUCCAGUGCAUAAUGAUUAAGAGGUGUAGCAUCCGGGGUCGUUGUUCACUUAAAACUGCCUCUUUCACGUGGUAUUCAGGGUUUUCAUAGAGGGAUUUUUAUUUUCUGUGUUGCCAUCCUCAUCAGUCGCCAUUAAAAUAAAACAGUGACAUUCAGUGGAUUUGCCGUACUGUGUCCUUUCAUGCAGUCAACACGUCAUAGAAACUUGCUUGCUAUAUUAAGAGUGUCCAGCAGAUGGUGCUCCUUUCACUGCUAAUCACUGCAAAACACAGAUGACAGCAUGUACAAUAGAUACAAAUUACUCUAUUUUUAAUAUAAAUAAAUACAAAGAAGAAAGUUGUUAGAAAUCAAAUCACAAAUAUGUACAAAACAAGGUGACAGUGCACAUACUGGCAGGGACCUGAAAUGCUUUAGAAGAAAUAUUCAGAAAAAAAAAUGACACCUCUGAAACAGAAUUAUUCCGUCUGAUUCCUCAGAUAACAUUAAGAGCUAAAUUAGCGUUUGGGGAUUAAAACUGCUCUUUUCAGCAGAGUGCAGGGUGUUGACCUUACACAGGCCACAGUCAUUAUUUAUGCGCUUAUGGUCAUGUGACAGUGAGGAUUCAGAUCCUCAGGUUAAUGAUUUUUAUGUCAUGACAGCUUGGUUAGCUACAGUAAAUCGAUGCUACAUUACUGUAUAUAGACUAUAUAAUAUUAUUAUUAUUAUUACACACUUUUGCCAAAGUUUGCUAAAAUUUGCCAUCCUGCCCUUUGUACAACA